AGCCGUUACAACAACAACAAAGAGCGCCUCUUUCUCAAUUCUCUUCCUUCAUUAUCGUUUCAUUUUGUUUUCCCCAAAAUUCAAUUCAAUCCAAUUCUCUUUCACAUUCACUCAAAUUUCAAUCUUUCAUAACUUUUCAAAUACCCUUUUAAAAACCGAUCAAAUCGGUGUAACUUUUCUGCCAAAAAUCAAUGACUCCACAGAAACCCUCACACUCCCAAAUUGAAAAUAUAAACCCUAAUUCAUCACAUCGAAACGUACUUCAAAAAUCAUCGAACAAAAUCAAUUGUGUUAAUAUUGUUUCGCCUCAGAAUCGAAUUCGUCAGAGAAAGUUUAUUGUUGCAAAGAAGAAGAAUAAUCAUGAAAAUGUUAGGAAAACGGUUUUGUGCAAGUGUAAGGAAAACAGUGAUGGUGGUAAGUGUGUUUGUGAAGCUUAUGAAAAUUUAAGGGCUUCCCAAGAAGGGUUUUUUGUUAAAGAUAAAAUUUUUGAUGAUGAUGGUGAAGAGAAAAGUGAAGAAGAAAAAGCUGAAAGUGUUCUUGAAGAAGUGAUUGAAGCAAAUUUGAUUAUUCAUGAUGUUGGAAAUGAGGAGAGAAAAUUAGAUGAUGAUGAAGAAGAGAAUGACGAAAAAGGAAUCGGAGAAGAAAAAGAUGAAAAGGGUAGUUGUAGUUCUAUGGUGAAACGUCGGAGGGAGAAAGUAUUGGAAGAGGCGAGAAAUAGCGUUCCGGAAAAUGGGAAAGUAAUGCAUUUGGUUAAGGCUUUUGAGAGGCUUCUUAGUAUAAAUAGUUAUAAGGAGAAAGAGAAGAAUGAGAAUGAAGAAGAUGAUAAGAAGAAUAAGGUGAUGAAAUGGGCAUUACCAGGAUUGCAAUUGCAAAAGCCGGUUAAGGAUGAUGAACAAUCUGAAUUUUCUGGUUGUUGUGAUGAUGAGAGUUUGUUUAAUUGUACUUUGACAUCUGAACAACUUGGAUUGGAUAAAAAGAGUUCAGUUUCAUCUUCUUGGGAAUGUGGAAGUAGAAGAAGUGUGUGUAGCAGGAAUUCUUCUGGUGGUAGAAGAAGCAGAAGAAAUAGCUUUGAAUCAUCUAGUACUAUUGGAGGAAGGAUGUGGAAGAAAAAGCAGAAGCUAAAAGUCACUAGCCAGAAACCAUUCAAGCUAAGGACUGAGCAAAGGGGAAAGAUGAAAGAGGAACAAUUGAUGAAGAAGGUAAAAGAGAUUUUGACAGAAGAAGAGAAGAUGAGAAUACCUAUUGCACAAGGUCUUCCAUGGACAAUCGAUGAACCUGAGUGUUUGAUAAAACCUCCGGUGAAAGAAAGCACAAAGCCUAUUGAUGUGAAGCUUCAUAGUGAUAUGAGGGCAAUUGGUCGCGCUGAAUUUGAUCAACAGGUAGCGGAAAAAUUGAGUUUGAUAGAACAACAAAAAAUGGAAAUGGAAAGACAACAAAAGUUGGCUGAAGAGGAAGAAAUUCGGAGAUUGAGGAAGGAACUUAUUCCUAAAGCGCAACCAAUGCCUUAUUUCGACAGACCGUUUAUUCCAAGGAGGUCAAUGAAGAAUCCAACUAUACCAAAAGAACCAAAGUUUCACAUACCUCACCAUAAGAAGAUCAAGUGUUUGUCACUGAAUGAAAUGAGAUCAUACUCAUCAUACUUCAACUGAGAUUUAAGAGAUCUUUUUGGUGAUGAGAAUGUUGAUGAAGAAAAAUAUUCAAUCUGUAUAUGGACAAGCAAUAUUUUUUUUUUUUAAGAAUAUGGACAAGCAAUAUUAGUUGCAAAUUUUGGUGUUGCCUUUGAUCAAUUGUAGUGCAAUAAUUCUUUGUACUGGUUGCAAAUCUUCUUUUCAUAGGAAUGAAAUGAUGUUAUUAA